GCGGGCUGAGCUCGGAGCAGCGGCGGGCGCGGGAAGCGGGCAGGGACGCGAGCCGAGCGCAGCCUCCCUCGCCAGCCGGGCAGAGCGGGCACCGCGGGCGGAGCGGGACGAGCGUGCCGGCGGGCGGAGCGGGGCACGGCGCGCCGGGGCCGCUGCCGGGGGGGAUGCAGCUGCCUUCCCGGGCCGGCGUGUAGAGAGGGCGGGUCCCCGGCCUCGGGAGCGCGGCGGUGGAGGGGACAGAGGCGGCGGCCAUGGCGACCCCCGGCAACCUGGGGUCCUCCGUCCUGGCGAGCAAGACCAAGACCAAGAAGAAGCACUUCGUAGCGCAGAAAGUGAAGCUCUUUCGGGCCAGCGAUCCGCUGCUCAGCGUCCUGAUGUGGGGGGUAAACCACUCGAUCAAUGAACUGAGCCAUGUUCAAAUCCCUGUUAUGUUGAUGCCAGAUGACUUCAAGGCCUAUUCAAAGAUAAAGGUGGACAAUCACCUUUUUAACAAAGAAAACAUGCCGAGCCACUUCAAGUUUAAGGAAUACUGCCCGAUGGUUUUCCGUAACCUGCGGGAGAGGUUUGGAAUCGAUGAUCAGGAUUUCCAGAAUUCCCUGACCAGGAGUGCACCCCUUCCCAACGACUCCCAAGCCCGCAGCGGAGCCCGGUUCCACACGUCCUACGACAAGAGGUACAUCAUCAAGACCAUCACGAGUGAGGAUGUGGCCGAAAUGCACAACAUCCUAAAGAAAUACCACCAGUAUAUAGUGGAAUGUCAUGGGAUCACCCUUCUUCCCCAAUUCCUGGGCAUGUACCGGCUUAAUGUUGAUGGAGUUGAAAUAUAUGUGAUUGUUACAAGAAAUGUGUUCAGCCACCGUUUAUCUGUAUAUAGGAAAUAUGACUUAAAGGGCUCUACAGUGGCUAGGGAAGCAAGUGACAAAGAAAAGGCCAAAGAACUGCCAACUUUAAAGGAUAAUGAUUUCAUUAACGAGGGUCAAAAGAUUUAUAUUGAUGACAAUAACAAAAAGGUAUUCCUGGAAAAACUGAAGAAGGAUGUCGAGUUUCUUGCCCAGCUGAAGCUCAUGGACUACAGCCUCCUGGUGGGCAUCCACGACGUGGAGAGAGCCGAACAGGAAGAAGUGGAGUGUGAAGAGAAUGACGGCGAGGAGGAGGGGGAGAGCGACGGCACCCACCCUGUCGGAACCCCUCCCGACAGUCCUGGAAAUACGCUCAACAGCUCGCCGCCCUUGGCUCCGGGCGAGUUUGAUCCAAACAUUGAUGUUUAUGGAAUUAAAUGCCAUGAAAAUUCGCCUAGGAAAGAGGUGUACUUUAUGGCAAUUAUUGACAUUCUGACUCAUUAUGAUGCAAAAAAGAAAGCUGCCCACGCUGCAAAAACUGUUAAACACGGCGCUGGUGCGGAGAUCUCUACCGUGAACCCAGAACAGUAUUCCAAGCGCUUUUUGGACUUUAUUGGCCACAUCUUGACGUAACGUCCUGCAUGGCCGAAGACGGACGUGAGCGUGGGAAGGACAGAGGUGGCUUCGGCACAGGAAAAAUGAAAACCAAACUCAGUGAAGCACACCUCCUCGUUUACAUCUUCAGGCCAAGAUGACUGAUUUGGGGACUACUUGCUUUAACAGCUACCUGAUAUUUCCCAGCAUCACUCUAGCUAUUUCUGA